AUGCGCACUUGGUCCUCCCUUUGGCUCCGCACCUUUUCUGCUAAAAUGGCCAAGCGCACCAAGAAGGUGGGAAUUGUUGGGAAGUACGGUACCCGUUAUGGUGCCUCCCUCAGGAAGAUGGUGAAAAAAAUUGAGAUCAGUCAGCACGCCAAGUAUACCUGCUCCUUCUGUGGCAAGACCAAGAUGAAGAGACGAGCUGUUGGCAUCUGGCACUGUGGGUCCUGCAUGAAAACUGUUGCUGGAGGUGCCUGGACAUACAACACAACGUCUGCUGUCACAGUCAAGUCUGCCAUCAAGAGACUGAAGGAGAUGAAGGACCAGUAAACUGGGACUGUUUUUGUACAGAUGAAAACCACCUUGUCUCAGACUCUGCAUUUUCUAUGUGGCUCGUUGGAACAUCCCACAAUAAAUUUAAGUCUUGAGCAGGA